GCUUGCGAGUCUACCUCCUCUGGGGCGUUGCCUAUCCCUUUCUUUCGUGGAAUCUAGCUAGCUAUGCUGUUGUCAGUUAGUUUUCUAGUAUUACGGUUAUCGAAAACUGGAAACUAAGUUAGUUUUAAGUCUAAGUUAAGAAUGGUGAAUCCAAUCAAUUUUAAUAAGUUAGUAGUAUUAUUUGUUUUGCUUGUAAUCACAGUGUAUAUAUGGUAUUUCCAAUACUUACACUCCAAGGCGGACAUGAAUGAGCAGGCCACGACUGAACAGGUCAAUGCUAUUGAAAAAAAACUCACCUCUGUGGUCCCAACUAACGAUAUUGAACACUCAAAGAAGGUACCGACUGAACAGGUCAAAGCUAUUCAAACAAAACUCUCCACUGUGGUUGCACCAACUCGCUUCAUCUAUCUAACACAAACAGAAAACUGUAUUCCAACUUAUCUAAAGUCUCCCAAAGUGAUUGGUGACUCUGAAGCAUGUCAGUGUGAUGUCAUUAUCCUCAGUUACAAGACGAAGUGCGCUGACACGUCAUUGCCUCAUGUCCAAUACAUAUUCAACUCUAGUAAAACCUGGACUACCGGAAGAAACUUGCUUUACAAAACAGCUAAAGAAAGGAAAGAAAAGUACAUCCACUACAUUUUCAUGGAUGACGAUGUUCGACUAAUACCAGUAGAUAAAAGGAGUACACAGAAUCCAUUUAGGAUGUACGAGAAAUCUCUCAAAACCUUUCAACCCGCUGUAGUUAUCAUCCUUGACGAUUCCGGGCGAUGUAAAUUCCCUAAAAAAAUUAUUUCCGAGCGAUCAAAUUGUGAAGUCACAGGAUACUUACAAAUAUAUAGAAUAGAUGGCCUCUUUAUUGCCUAUCACUAUCAAGUGAUAGACUUCAUACUUCCGUACGAACCGAGGUAUGAUUCAGUGAGCUGGUGGUACUCACAAGAGUAUACAAACGUCGUGUUGAAUAUCCGACUUAAUGGACAAGUAGUUACUGACCCUCGUUUUAUAACACCUAACCCAAAGCAUCGCAGUUACGUACAAAAGUAUCCUGGUCAGGAUGCCUUCAAUCAAUUUGUCGCUGACAUUCGAUCAGAAGAACCAGAAAAGUAUCGAAAUUCAGUUGAGCCUAUUUUACAACAAUGGUUAACACUGAAUAUUAACUCGAAGUUUCUGUUGGGCCAACAAACAUGCAAACGUGAUCUCUCUGUACAUCCAUAUAGACCUUACGAGAAUCUGACUUAAAAUAUAAACUUUAUAUACCACAUAAUUAUAUCAUAAUUAUAUACUGUGCAUUUUAUUUUUGCGUCACAUUCUUUCGCAUGCACUAUUUCGUGUACUUUA